AUGAUCACUAUCGAGCAAGUCGUGGCCGCCGCGCCGCCUCAAGUCCGUGAAACGCUUGACGACGGCACCGUCGCCUACCUUGGCACCGUGGUUGCUGGCAAACACACUCCCGAGGAGGUGCGCCUGGCGCUCGAGCCGUUCCUUGGCAUGGAACCACGCGAGCUCGAUGCCAUGUUUGAGCGCCUCACCCUCGAAUCAGCACCACCUGCCAACGGUGCGAGCAAUUUACCGAGGUUGCUGCCGCCCUCAGCAUCGUCCGCCGAGUCGUCCCGCCCUUCGACGCCGAGCAAGAAGAAGCGGAAGGAGAAGGCGCCGGGCAAGCCGGUUGUCAAUGCGUACUCGCAGCAGAGCCGGUUUCACGCAGCCACGAUCACGACACUCAGCAAGGAAGUCAACCUGCGUAAUGUCAACGUCACGAUUGACGAUGCCGACUUGCUGGUCGAUGCGCGGCUGUGGCUCAAGGCUGGUGUGCACUACGGUAUGGUGGGGCGCAAUGGCACAGGCAAGAGUACACUACUGAGCGUCAUCGGGGACAAGAGCCUCGUAGGAUUUCCGGAGAAUAUCCGGACGCUCUACGUCGCGCAGCUCGACGUGUUCGACACGGAUAUCAGUGUUGUCGACGCUGUUCUGCUGGCCGACACGGAGCGGCAGAAGCGCGUAGACAAUAUUCGGGCCCUCGAGGGAGGUGAGGACGAGGCGGUACUCAAGGUGGCUGUGGAUGCGUACGUUGCGCGGAUUGCGCACGAGCGUGUCGACGAUGCGCAGAAGAAGGCAACCCUACGAUCCGGAAAGCGUGGCAAGAUUGCGCGCGGUGCUGCGCUCAAGGCCGAGCAGACUAUGCUCGCGAACGUCCACGACGAGGUAUACGGUUCGCCUGCGGGCGCCGUCUCUGAAGUCGCCGCCAAGGUCAUUGCCUCGUUGUACGCCGAACUGGAUAAGAUGGACGCGCACAGUGCCGAAUCGAGGGCGCGGGCGAUUCUCUCCGGCCUUGAUGUCGACGAGGAUAUGCAGGAUGGCCCUGUAUCUGACCUCUCUGGUGGAUGGCGCAUGCGUGUGGCGAUCGCCAAGGCCAUGUUCAUCGAGCCCGACCUCCUCCUCCUCGACGAAUGCACGAACCACUUGGACCUCGCUGCCAUUGCAUGGUUGCAAGAGUACCUGACCACACUGGAGGACAUUACGAUCGUGUGCGUGUCGCACGAUCGCGACUUCUUGAACGGCGUGUCACAGGAGAUCAUUCGGCUCAAGGACAAGCAGCUCACCUACCAUCCCGGCAACUAUGACGCGUACGAGCAGGCGGAGGACGAACUGCGCAAGAAGCGAGAGCGGCAGCACGCAGCGCUGGAGCGCCGGCGUGAGCACGUGCAGAAGAGUAUUGAUCGGUUCAAGAAACACGCCAACAAGAGCGGCGACGAUAAGGUGCUGGGCCAGAUGGCGAGCCGGCAGAAGAAGCUCGAACGCAUGGCAGGUACCAACAAGACCGAGGAUGGCAAGCGCUUCAAAGUCUCAUACUGGGCGGGGUAUCACGACACUAUGCGGCCCGAGAUCGAGCUCAUCAAGGCUGAGAAGGACGUCGACCUGAGUAUCCCGAACCCCGAGAAAAUCCGGGGGACUGGGCCCCUCGUCGCCUUGCAUUCUGUCUCGUUCUCAUACCCGGGCAAGAAGCGGCGUGUGCUCAAGAGCAUCUCGCUGACCAUCAUGCCCGGCGACCACAUCGCGCUCGUGGGCCUGAACGGUUGCGGCAAGUCGACGCUUGUACAGCUGCUCUGCGGCGUACUCUCUCCGACGCACGGGCGCGCCGAGAUCUCACCCCGCCUCCGCAUCGGCCACUACACGCAGCACUUUGUUGACGAGCUCAGCAGCGUUGCUGAGUCGGGACUGGCUCUGCUGCAAGCUCGCGCGUACUUGGCGUUCAAUGCCGACACGGGCGCCGAACCGCCCAAAGAGGGCGACUUGCGCCGCUGGCUCGGGUCGUUCGAGAUCUCUGGCCAGCUCGCUUUGCGGUCGGCCAAUACGCUCAGCGGUGGGCAACGCGCGCGACUCGCCAUGGCCCUCAUGCUCUACGACCGGCCGCACAUGCUCCUCCUCGAUGAGAUCACCAACCAUCUCGACAUGUAUGCGGUGCAGGGGCUCAUCGCUGCGCUGAACGAGUAUGAGGGCACGGUCGUCAUCGUCACCCAUGACCGCCACUUUGUGCGCGAGUGCGCUGACGACGUAUACGCACUGGAGGACGGGCGCCUGCGUCUCCUCGACGACGGCAUCGACGAAUACGUCGAGCAGUUUGCAGACCUAUAA